AUGGCUCCCUCUUGCAGAGAAAUUGCACGCAGGACAUACCAUUUCAGCGAGUUCUGUGGGAUAGACUGGGGCUGGUUACAUGAUGCAAUGCGACCUAAUGUAGCGACGUGGGCUAAUAACGAGUAUUUCACGCACAACAAUGAGAAACACGGCACUGUUCUGAGUUUGCUUUUGAAGAGCGUCCUCGAACUUACGCUCCACCGUCGCCAAGAAGAUCCCAAUCUGCUCGCGCACGAGAUUAACGAACUCCUCAUCCUCGAGGCGGGUACUGACUCCAACGAGCCCUGGAAAGACAGCUGGUUCCCUUUUACCCUCGCCGCCAAUAUCCAGGUACCCUUCGACAUUCUCUUGAACCUCGGAGUGGACAUCUUCAGUGAACUCUCGUUCGACACCUGGGUUCUUCAGAUCGUGCUACGCAAAUUUCUAGUCAACGCUGUACCCUGGGAACAUGCACGACGAGACAAGAAGGAAACAUUCACAGAAACCGACGGCCUGAAGCCAAUGAUCUACCCAGAAAUCCAACUCAGAAUGAUGAGACAGGCUGAGGAUUUCUCCGCGAUGGACCCGUCAUUUUCAAACCUCUACAUCUUCCCCGGGCUAAGCAUGUUCAAUCACUCAUGUCGUCCGUACGAAAACGCGCAGUGGGGAUACGAUCGCAAGGUCCCCAACCGCGUAGUUAUCUGGGCGCACCGGGGUAUCAAAGCUGGGGAAGAGAUUAGAGUUCCGUACCAACGGUACAGGAUUGGCGAUACCGUUGACGAAGAUACUGGUCAAAAUAUGCAGGCCGGUCAAAUGUUUGGCAAAAACUGUGAGUGUCCCCGCUGCCAAGGCAGGGGACUUGUUCCUUCUACUGGCAAGGAUAGAUCGCAAUUUGGGAGCCCUGAUUGGACGCCGGAAUACCUGGGGUCGAGGGGGGCAGAUGUUCCUCAAGAGGACGAGCAGGAGAUGGACGAGCAGGAGAUGGAGGAGCAGGAGAUGGACGAGCAGGAGAUGGACGAGCAGGAGAUGGACGAGCAGGAGAUGGAGGAGCAGGAGAUGGACGAGAAGAUGGACGAGAAGAUGGAUGAGGACAAGGAUGAGGCUGUUGCUAAGGAUACGGAGGGGGCCAUUACAAUGGAAACCGGUACUUCUGGCGCUGGAGCCUAA